GCGCGCGCGUCGUCAUGGGUGGAUCUUAUAAAGUUACACACACACUCACCUGACUCACAUUCAUAGCUCUCACUGAAUGAUUGCUGGAGUUUGAGCAGAAAAUCAUGAGUUUACCGGACUAUAAAACAAUUGGGAAACAGUCCUCAGCACCUGUGCAGUCGAAAUCGCAGGUUGUGCAUCUGAACAUAGGAGGUCAUGUGUUUAGCACGACACUGGGAACCAUCCGUAAAUUCCCGAACUCCACCCUGGCGGAGCUGAUUAACGGAUCAAGCAAGCGUAUGGACUCUGAGGGUCGCUACUUCAUAGAUCGUGACGGGACACUUUUCACACACAUCCUGGAGUAUCUCCGAACAGAAAAACUCCCCUGUGAACACCUACAGGAGGUGCACAAGGAGGCAAUUUACUACGACAUCAAACCUCUAGUCAAAGCCAUCGAGGAGACGCCGCAGUUUUUCGGAGAGACCGUCGGAAGGCAGCAGUUUUUAGCUCGCGUGCCCAAUUAUCGAGAAAACCUGGAGGUGAUCGUACGUGUGGCCAGAGCUGAGGCCAUCGCUUCUCGACACUCCAACAUAAUCGUGUGUGUUUUGAGGACAGAAGACGAUUUAUCCAGAUAUAAUGAUGCUAUCGACAGCCUGGACGCUCCCAGAGAGUCUGUGGUGAGCUUUGGUCCGUGGAAAGCUCCAGCGUCUGUUGAGGAUCUGUUAGAUUGCGUCAAAAUGGACAUAGAAGCCAAAGGAUAUAAAGUAAAGAUUCAAGCGCACAGCGUAGACAAAGGGUUUCUCUUCAAGAGCUAUGAUUUCUUCUAUAAACUCGUUUUCACCUGGUGGUAGAGGCUGGAAACCUCUAUUUUUUAUCCGACUAUGCAAAUAUUAUAAUGUAAUAUAAUAAUAUUAUGAAUAUAGCAAUUGAUAGUUACACAGCGGAUACCCUUCCAGCUGCAACCCAGUACUGGGAAACACCCAUACAUUCUUGC